ACUGCAACCAUGUCGGACGAAGAGGAGGCGGUGGCCGAGGCAGAAGAGAUCAUUCGCAGCCAGAGGAUCUUCCUCAACCAUUUGGACAGCUAUUGCGGCAGAAACAUUGGGAAGUAUCUGGCCAGUUGUACAGUUGGAGCCUCCUUGGAAGAAAUAGCAGAGGAAGAGGAAGAAGAUGAUGAAGCAAGAUCAGUUGUUGAAGCUGGCCCCCCUAAACCAAAAGAAGGAAUAUAUCAAAUAGUGGGAACUCUUUUACAGACAGAGAAUACAAAACCAGAUUUUGCCAUGGAGGUAUAUAGAACAACUUCUCGAGACGAGUUGCUAGUUCAUCUGUUAGAAUGUGAUAUCAUUAUUUAUAACAUCACUGAAGACAUCAAACAAAUUGAUGAGGCAACCUGGGCAGCAACAGCAUUACAUGCAGAAUCAAAACACUUUGAAAAGCAGAAAUUAUUCAUUCUUCUAUCAACAAUAAUGACAUGGGGACGAAGCAAGCCUCUUGAUCCGGAAGAUCCAGAAAUACCUUUCACUGAAGAAGACUAUCGUAGAAGAAAACCUCACCUUAAUUUUAUGGAACACAUCAAUGCUGAAAAAACCAUUAUCAAACUUGGGAAAACAAGCAAAAACAAAUUUGGCACAUACGUUGUUGCUUCAGGUGUUCAGUAUGGAGCUGAAGAAAGACUUCUCCACUACUUUUUUAAGCUAUCUUGGCUUGGUGAGACUCCUUUAAUACCAUGUUUUGGAGAUGGACGAAAUGUGGUUCCAACCAUUCACAUUACUGACUUAGCAGCAGUGUUGCAGAAUAUAGCAGAUCAUAGACCAAGAACCAAUUACUUACUUGCAGUGGAUGACUCGACACAAACCCUGGGUGAAAUUGUGAAGUGCAUCAGCAAAAAUGUGGGCCCAGGAAAAAUACAGAAGAUUCCAAGAGAAAAUGCUUUCCUAAGCAAAGAGUUAACGCAAACAUACUUGGAUGAAUUGUUUGUGAAUCUACGAAUGGAAGCUGUAUUCUUGAAGGAGAACUUCAAUAUAAAAUGGGUUGCUCAAGGAGGGAUAGUUGAGAACAUUGAACAAGUUGUCAAUGAAUAUAAACAAACUCGUGGAUUAUUGCCAGUUAAAAUUUGUAUACUUGGUCCUCCUGGAGUAGGGAAAACUUCAAUUGCAGAAGAGCUAUGCAAAUAUUACAAAGUGCACCACAUUAAAAUAAAGGAAGUGAUCACUAAAGCCAUAGAAAAUCUGGAAAAAAUAGUUGCUCCUCGAGAGGAAACAGAGUCUGUAGACGAAGCGGAAGAAGAAGAGGAAGAGGAGGAAGAAGAACAAGCAGAUAAUGUAGAAGAAGCACAGGAAUUGUUAGAUGCAGUUAAAGAAAACAUGGAGCAAAAUUCAGGUCGUGUAGAUGAUAACUAUGUGGUUCGGUUCAUGAAGGAAAUGCUAAUGUCUAUGCCUUGUAAAAACCAAGGAUAUGUUUUGGAUGGAUUUCCAAAAAUCUAUGACCUGGCAAAAGAUCUUUUUAGCAUUGAAGAGGAGGAGGAAGAUGAUGAUCUGAGAGGCAAAAUGAAUCGCUAUGACAAAUUAAUAACUCCUGACUAUGUUAUUUCUUUGAAUGCUUCUGAUGAAUUCUUGAAAAACCGAAUCAUGAAUCUCCCCGAAAGCGUUGUUGCUGGAACACAUUAUGCCCAGGAUCGAUAUUUAAGAGCCCUCAGUCUUUUUAGGGACUUAAACACUGAGGAUGAAACUGUUCUCAACUAUUUUGAUGAAAUAGAAAUACAUCCACAAUAUAUUGAUGUUUCAAAAUUUGAGGGCCUGGAAAACAGAGUUAUAACAAAAGAAAUAAUCAAAAACAUUGGUGAACCUAGAAAUUAUGGUAUGACAGAUGAAGAAAAGGAAGAAUUUGAACGGAAACUAGCAGAAGAACGCCUUGCAAGAGAAGCUAAAGAAAAAGCGGACUUGGAAAAACAGGAGUUAGAAGAAAGGGCUAAGAAAAUAGCAAACUGGGAAGAAUGGAAUAAGCGUUUAGAAGACGUGAAGCGGCAAGAACAAGAACUUCUGGAAACCCAAUCAAUUCCACUGAGAAACUACUUAAUGAAGCAUGUGAUGCCAACACUUAUGCAAGGCUUGAAUCAAUGUUGCAUGGUUAGGCCAGAUGACCCGGUUGACUUUCUGGCAGAAUAUCUCUUCAAGAAUAAUCCGGAAUUUGACUAAGAAGUCUAAAAAGUUGCCCUGUUAUGUCUUGUUAAAUUUAAUGUUAAUGAUUGUUGUGUAAUACUGUUGUAAAAUAUACAUUCACUAAUUUACUUUUUUUAAAAAAAAUAGAAAUCUAAAGUUUGAAGAUAUAGAUAUGUACAUUUAUCUAAAAUGAAUGAAAAUUUAUAGAAUAUCUCGUAAAUUGCAGAAUAUUCCUUGAACACAUUUAAAGAAAAAGCUUCAAAAUUAUUGUUCUUAGAAAAGUAACUAUGGGUUAUCAAAUUUAUGACAACCUGUACUUAAGCUAUGCAGUAAAGGAAAAGAAGAAUAUUGGUACUUGUUCAGUUAUAUCAAAAGUCCUUUUACAAUGCAGCCAUAUGGAGGCAAUAGACAAUCCCUGCAGCCUGAAACAACUGAUGGUCAGGAGGCUGAUCCAACUGACAAUCAGCUGCUUGUGCUAAUCAGGCUAUGCUGAAGCUGAAGCAGAAGCAGGCUGUUUGCUGCAAGGAGGCAAAUUGCUGGGAGACAGAAACCAAAGGGUGGGGAUCGGCAGGUGGGUGUGGCUACAUUUGGUGUAUAUGACACACCCAAAUUUUCACCCUCUUUUAGGGGGAAAAAGUGCAUCUUAUAUUCUGAAAAAUACGGUAUAUUGUUAUUGCUUGUGAAGUGAAAGCUACUAAGUGUGCUUCAAUGAUUGAAUUUUUGAUUGUUAAUGGAAUGUUCCCCCACUCCCCUUGUGAAAUUCACCACCAAAUACAGGAUUUUUUUGGGUGAUAACUGUGUUGAUGUGAGUACUGAGUAGCUGGGCAAAAAAAAAGUGAAACAAUGAAAAAAAAGAGUUGAUUUAUAAUAUCAAAAACAAAGUGGACAACCUAUCACAGCAACUGAGGACUUUCACAUGGGAAAGUUUGUUGAACUGAUUAAGGACAAUUGAUAAAAUCAAAGAAAAUUGCUGUCAAGUUUGGCUUUUCACAGGAAUGUGUGGAUAGUAUUAAUAUUUUUCAGUACUGUCAGCCCUCUAUUGUCAAAACCCAAGUUUUGGCAGGAAAUGCUUACAGGCAACCCUCGCUUACUGACCAUUCAUUUAGCAACUAUUUGAAGCUACAAUGGCGCUAUACAAGGACACUUACAAUUAAUGUUCAAAGUUCCCAUGGUCACAGGAUCACAAUCUGGAUUCUUGGUAACCAGCUCACAGAUUUACAACAGUUGCUGCAUCCAGCAGUCAUGUGAUCACCAUUCCUUACCUUCUCACAAGCAAAGAUAAUGGGGAAACUGAGAGAGGUCACGUCACUCUGUUGAGCUGCUUGCACUCUUCCCCUGACUAGCAGCACCCAUUCCUGGCAGCACUACACUUGCGUUGUGGUUUACCUGCCUGCUGGCUAGGUACAAGCAGCCUAGAACUCACUUUAUGAUGGAAAUGGGGCAUGCCACUUAAUGAUUGUUGUCAUUAAGUGAUGUGGUCACAUGACAUCAUGCUUUAAACUGCAUCACUUGAUGAAAUUUCAAUCCUAAUUUUUGUCAUUAACUGCCUGUAGAUGUUUGUUGGCCUGCAGAUAACAUUUAUUCACAUGAUCUAAAUCUGGAAAAACUACCAUCCAAAGUGUUACUUUUUAACAAUACUGAAACAACAAUCUGAAGGAAAGAAAUGCUGCUGCAUUUUGACAACACCAGGACUCAAUUCUAAUGACAUGUUAGAUUUCACUUUCUUAACCCUGUCUGUCAUCCUAGGAGUCAUGUGAUUUCCACCUUUUCUUCUAGCCAAAAGAAUACUUUAGUAAACAUGUUUUAUUCAAAUGUAGAGAUAAAAACAACACUCAGCAUCUGGUUGAAGAGAUAAAAGCAUGCAUUUCUUUCAUGAUGGUCUUAAGAAUGGUAACCAUUACUGUAUGUGGAGAAAUAAACACAGGUGACAAAAGGUCUGUAGUUUCAUUUCAAUUAUUAAAUAACCCUAUUUAAACAAGUUAUGGAGGUGGAAGCAUUACAUUACUUCAUUAUGUAUUCUUAGUCACUAAUGGAGAAAUGCCCUUAGCCUUCACUGCCUUUAACAUUGAUUGAUAAAGUGCUAUUGGGAAGCUCACAAAAAUGUAGUGGGUCACCUAUUAGCCCCUGAAUCUGGAAACAAAAAUGAUGCAGAUGGCCCACCCAUCUCACACCAAUAACUCCAGACAGUGUGCACAGAUUAAAACAACUGUUAUCAGCCAUAACCCCCAUAAACCAAUUGGGAACCUGUGCUGCUCAUUGAGCAAUAGUGCUACAUGAAUGUAUUGAGAAAAGCCAAAAACUGAUCAUGCAGAUACAUUUUAGAUAGCUACUCUUCAAGGGUAGCCUCAAGCAGAAUGUGUUAAAGUAAUCCAAAUGUAAUCACUUUAUUAGCAUUAUGACUAUGACAUGAGUCACUAAGAACAAAGUUCAGGAAUGGGUGCAAUUGGUGCUCAAGGCAAACCUGUGCAAAGACCCCUCCGGCCAUGGCUGCCAUCUACUCAUCAAGCAGAAACCUGAGUCCAGGAGGACUCCCAGAUUGCGCACACUGACUGGCGAAGUGCACCCCCCCCCCCGCCAGAAUUAAAUGUGGGAAAUUUCUGGUGUCAGGAAGGAGGAUUAAUAUCCAUAGCCAAUCAGUCUGGCCAACGUUUUGAGCUAGUGUGCAUUUCUCCACAUCCUGACCCCAACAGCUUCCAGGUGCAAACAAAAGGACCUCAAUGGCAUCAAUUGAUCCUGGC